GCUUUGAAGUAUACAAGCCGUGGCUAUGCAUCACAGCGCACUUUAAAUGAGGUGGUGAUAGCAAGUGCUGUAAGGACACCGAUUGGAUCUUUCCAAGGAUCUCUCUCAUCAUUGCCAGCCACUAAACUUGGUUCCAUUGCAAUUAAGGGAGCAAUUGACAGAGCAGGUAUCCCUGCAGAAGAAGUGAAAGAAGCGUAUAUGGGUAAUGUCUUGCAGGCUGGUCAAGGACAAGCUCCAGCAAGACAAGCGGUCCUGGGUGCAGGUCUACCAAUCCGCACUCCUACUACAACUGUCAAUAAAGUCUGUGCUUCAGGAAUGAAAUCGAUCAUGAUGGCAGCACAAAGCCUGAUGUGUGGGAGUCAGGAUGUAAUGGUUGCUG